AUGAGUCGAUUGGAACUAUUGCUCCUGUUAGUGAUUCCGUGCGUUGUGGUCCGAGGACAAAGCCAGCUAAGUUAUGAGCAAGCCCGACAGGCAGUUUUAACAGCCGAGGAGGAGCUGAUGACCGGAGGACACACUUACCUCAACACCAUGGAGGCCAAAGUGGAUGACAUUUUCAUGGAAUACAAACUCGGGGAGCUCUCUCAGGGAUUCCGGAAUGCUGAGCAAAAUGCCGCCGCCCUACAUUUCUUUAAAGCCAAGCCUCUGAUCGAUAGGAGUGGCGUCUUUCGGUUUCUGCAGAAAAUGCCCAAGGGAGCGGUGCUCCAUCUGCACAACACCGCCUCUGUGAGUUCCAAGUGGGUGGUCCAGAAUAUGUCCUAUAUGCCCGGCAUGCUGCGCUGCACCACUUCCACGGGUCGCAGUGUCCUGACCUUCCGGCGAACACCCAAGGAGCACAACUGCCAGUCGCAGUACAUUCGGGUUUCGGAGGAGCGCCACAAUUCCAUAGAUCCCCAGAUCUACGACCAAAAUUUUGAACGUUUGGUCAACUUGUAUACACCAGUUCCGGAAUUGGAAUAUCCAACCAUUACCCAAGUUUGGGACAAGUUCCAGGACAUGUUUGAUACCCUUGGCGAUGCCUUAGCCUACUUGCCAGCUUUUCGAGCAUAUCACUGGCAGAUGCUCGAAGAACUUUACAACGACAAUGUUAUGUAUGCUGAAAUCAGGACCAGUUGCAAAAAGCUUUACGAUGCCAGUGGUCGUACUUUUCCCAGGGAACGUACUGUUCAUGAAUUAUAUGCUCUGAAUGAGAAGUUUACGAGGCUACAUCCCGACUUCUUGGGUUUCAAAAUCAUAUUUGCUGUAUUUCGCGGCUACGGGGUGGAUGAAAUUAAGAAAUCUGUUGAGGAGUUUACAAAACUUCACGAAUCCCUGCCCCACUUUGUGGUUGGUUUUGAUUUGGUUGGCCAGGAGGAUAAGGGAAAGCCGCUGCACACUUUCCUGCCUGCUCUGAAAGACUUCCCGCCGACAGCACGAUUCUUCUUCCACGGAGGAGAAACCAAUUGGUUUGGAGCUUCCACGGACACUAAUCUUCUCGAUGCCUUGCUGCUGAACACAACCCGGAUAGGUCACGGCUACGCCCUAGCUAAACACCCUAUCCUCCUGAACGCCGUGAAAACUCGCCAGAUUGCCGUGGAGGUGAGUCCCAUCUCGAAUCAGGUCUUGCACCUGGUCUGGGAUCUGCGAAACCAUCCGGGAGCCCAGUAUUUGGCCCUCGACGUGCCCAUGGUGAUCUGCAGCGACGAUCCUGGUUUCUGGAAUGCCAAGGGUCUGAGCUACGACUUUUACUAUGCCAUCAUGAGUCUGGCACCGAAUAAUGCUGGGGUCCGUCUGCUCAAGACUCUGGCUUGGAACUCGAUACGCUACUCAACUUUGACGGUGGAGGAACAGACCCGCGCUUUCCAAAUUUUGGAGCUCACGUGGUCUCGCUUUAUAGACAAAGUCCUAGCGGGGAAUGUCUUUUAA